AUGGCUGCACCUAUUCAGGAAACAGAAACCAAUCGCUUUGACAAAUGGUGGAAGGAUCUUGGUGUUCGCAAGCUGCUGGCAUGGCAGGCCACCAUCCUUGUAUCGCAAAUGACCACCGGCUAUGAUGAGAGCGUGGUCGGAAGCUUUCAAUCCAUGAAGCCCUGGGUUAAAGAUAUGGGACAUCCCAGUCCAUCUAAGAUAGGUCUCAUGACAACCAUUGUCUUCGUUGGUGGGUUUACCGGUGCUCUGGUUGCCUCACCCACGGCCGACCACUUUGGACGACGAAUAGGCAUGUUUGUUGGAGCAAGCCUGACAUUUGUGGGAACAAUCCUGCAAACAGCCGCGCAAAGCUCUGGCAUGUUUAUUGGUGGUCGCUUUUUAGUUGGCUUUGGAAUUAGUUUCACUUGUGUUGCUGGGCCCUCGCUGCUCUUCGAGCUGGCUCACCCGGCAAUGCGUGGCACAAUAGCCUCAAUGUUCAACGUACUUUGGUACGUAGGGUCCAUCAUCGCCGCAUGGGUAACCUUCGGCACAGGAUAUAUGCUUACCAGCUGGUCAUGGCGUAUUCCAUCCCUCAUCCAAGGAGUCCCCGCACUGCUGGUCAUGGUAUCCGUUCUUUGUGGCUUGCCCGAAAGUCCUCGAUGGCUUUGUGCAAACCAGCGAGUUGAAGAAGCCCAGCAGCUACUUGCAAAGUAUCACAGCAACGGCAAUGCCGACUCGGCCCUCGUGAUAAGUGAGAUGAAAGAGAUACAGACCUUCUUGGAGGCUGAAGCAGCAGCCCGAAAGAGUGGUCAGAGUAGCUGGGGUAUUCUUUUCCGGUCGCCAGCAAACAGGAAAAGGAUUGCCCUGGUAGCUACUGUCGCCCUUUUAACACUCUGGAAUGGCCAGGGCGUAAUCUCAUACUACUUCAGCCCGAUUUUGACCAGCGUCGGUAUUACUUCUACGCCCCAGCAGACCGGUAUCAACGGUGGCUUGCAGAUAUGGAACCUGCUCUUCGCCCUGACAGGGGCCGUACUUGCGGAUCAAGUCGGGAGACGAACCCUCUGGUUGACCUCGUUCAUUGGAAUGAUCAUCGCCAAUAUUCCAUUGACAAUAUCAUCUGCCAUGUAUGCACAGCAUGGGUCCAAAGGAGCCUCUUAUACUGUUGUUGUCUUCCUUUUUCUCUACGACGCGGCCUUCAACUUGGCCAACAACCCCCUUCUGUAUUGUUAUCCGACCGAGAUUCUGCCAUUCUCUAUUCGGGCCAAGGGAUUAGGACUUCAAGUGGCUAUCUCGCAAGCAGCUCUUACUAUUAACCAAUACGUGAAUCCAAUUGCGCUAGAUAGCAUUGGUUUCUACUAUUACAUAUUUUACCUGGGCGUGCUUAUCUUUGGCACUUUGAUCAUAUUCUUCACGUUUCCAGAGACGAAAGGCAAGACCGAACUUGAGCUCGCGGCUCUUUUCGGGGAUCACAAAUUGGACCACGAAUACCCGGUUACUCUUAAUGGCUUGGAGGCAGGAAUGGAAGGCGUGUCAGAACCCUACAAAGGAGGCAUAAUAGUUACCGAAGAGAAGGGCUCCACUCUACAAUGA